UACCACUGCCCACCCCAUCAUUAGUACCACUGCACCUUCGUCCGCACCACCCGUCUGGGCGUACGACAACUACAUUCGUUCUUCUCGCUCUACAUCUAUCGUUCCACUCUGCUUCUGUGUACAGUACGCAAGCCAUUAUCAGUUCCUCCCGCCCUUCGCUAGCAUAAUAUCACUCUGGAGCGACCCAGCCUGCGCAUACGAAUACGUCCACCCUGCCUCCUCACAUCCACUUGUGUACAGCUACGGCACCAAGAGCAACUCCUUCGGUGACUGAGCCGACCGUAUUCUGCUCGUUCGGACAAUCGCUGUAAAACGGUCGACAUUGACGACAUUGAUUGCCCUCUCGAUGCAAACUGAGUCGAGAGUGGUCUAAAACACCCUCCGCAGUCUGCGCAACCUCACAUCUAGCCUUACCGUUAAUCUCCUACGAGCGCAGGAUGCGCCUUCUUCAAAAUUUUGCCGCGGGCAUCGCAUCAUGGCUGUUGCUAUUGCUGAUAAGCACAGUUGAUGCACACUCCCGAUCCAGGAAUCCGUUAAACUACAUAUCGUUAAUUGAAAACCCUCGGAUACAAACGCCUUCACAAAGGGUACACUGUACAUCCAGCUUUGACUUGACUUUCGACCUCCAUCACAGCACCCAGCAUGUCCGACUAAGCCUCGAACCCAACCAUGAUAUCAUUCACGAAGACUCUUACAUUGAAUUUAUUGACAAGGAUGGCAAUGUCAGGCACGUCGAAAAGAUGCAGCGGGAAGAGCACAAGAUCUAUCAGGGAAAAGCUUUUCUCGUCGAUGACGAUGGGGUAAAUCGGCACGUCGGGUGGGCUCGAAUUGCUGUGAGGCGGGAUGGCGUGAAGCCUCUCUUUGAGGGGGCUUUCACCGUCAUGGGCAAUCACCACAAUGUCCAGCUGAAGUCAAACUACAUGGCGACCAAGCACGAACUCGAUCCCGAACUGGAAGAGGAUGAUGAUGAGUAUAUGGCUGUCUGGCGUGAUUCGGACGUUAGCCGGCAAUCGCAUACAGACCUUAAACGAAGUGCAGGCUUGACUUGCGCCUCUGACAAGUUGGAGUUCAACACCCAUCCGGACCAUCCCAUCUACCGCGACUUGAUGCUCAAACGCGAUGAUGGCUUCUGGGGAGACAUGGGUGCCAUGUCCAUCUCCAACAUGUUUGAGAAGCGACAGAAUAUCGACGGCGGCGGGGUGGGCUCAGGCAAUUCGGCCGGUGUCAAUCUAGCUUCCACCAUUGGCAGCACCGCUGGUUGCCCAACCACUCGCAAAGUCGCCUUGGUCGGCGUUGCCACCGAUUGUACAUACACCGCGAGCUUCAACUCCACCGACAGCUUGCGACAAUACGUCAUCAGCCUGGUCAAUACUGCUUCUGAAUUAUACCAAUCCACUUUCAACAUCACUCUCGGCCUCCGCAAUCUAACCGUUUCCGACGGCGAAUGUCCCGGGACAGCAAGCACUCAGACGCCGUGGAACGUAGGUUGUUCAAGCAGCACCGAUAUAACACAACGGCUCAACCUCUUCUCUUCAUGGCGCGGCCAGCGAGGCGACGACAAUGCCUACUGGUCCCUCUUCACAACUUGCAACACCGGGGCUGAAGUCGGCCUCGCCUGGCUUGGGCAGUUGUGCAACCACGGUUCCACUUCACAGACAGACACUAGCGGCAACUCUCAGAGCGUCACCGGCGCAAAUGUCAUUGCGAAGACCUCGACUGAGUGGCAGGUAUUUGCUCACGAAAGUGGCCAUACUUUUGGCGCUGUCCACGAUUGUGAUUCCAGCACCUGUGCCGACGCCAACAUUGUCAACUCUGGCCAGUGCUGCCCGCUUUCCUCCAGCACCUGCGACGCGAAUGCACAAUACAUGAUGAAUCCUUACUCUUCAGCCGAUAUCACCAAAUUCUCGCCCUGCUCAGUGGGAAAUAUCUGCAGCGCACUGGGCCGCAACUCGGUUCAGUCGCAAUGUCUCACUGACAACAAAGGUGUCGUUACCAUCAGUGGCAACCAGUGCGGCAAUGGCAUUGUCGAGGAGGGUGAAGACUGUGACUGUGGUGGAACCGAGUCCUGUGCUGGGAACAGCUGCUGCAAUCCUACAACCUGCAAGUUCAAUACAGGCGCUGUGUGUGACCCGAGCAACGAAGGUUGCUGUACAUCGACUUGCCAAUUCGCUUCUUCUGGGACCGUCUGCCGUGCUAGCACUGGCCAAUGUGAUCCUGCCGAGACAUGCUCUGGCACUAAUGGAACAUGCCCUACAGACACCACUGCGCCCGAUGGAACUGAUUGCGGUAGCGGCCUUGAAUGUGCUAGUGGCCAGUGCACGAGUCGAGAUCUUCAGUGCAAGACUCUCAUGGGCAGCUACACGAGCGAUAAUGACACCUAUGCCUGCAACAGUCAGACCUGCACGUUGAGUUGCGCCAGUCCAGACUUUGGAGCAAACGUCUGUUACAGCAUGCAACAAAACUUCCUGGAUGGUACUCCGUGUGGCGGUGGCGGGCGAUGCGAGAAUGGUGUUUGCAAGGGGAGCACUAUCGGGGGCGAAGUCAAGUCAUGGAUUGACGACAACAAAACUUUGGUGAUUGCCCUAGCCAGCGCGAUUGGAGGCCUCCUGCUGCUUGCUAUUCUUGGAUGCUGCAUCAGGGCAUGCAGACGGCCAAGAGGGAAGAAACUGGAUGGCAUCGUUCCUGGGCAACGUCGGCAGAGACGUGGAGUUCAAGGAGCACAGCGUGGAGGCUGGGAUGGACCUCAAAUUCCUCCGCAGAUGAGAGAUCGCGGAUAUGGCGGUGGGUGGGAACAGUCGCCUGUACAGAUGACCACGCCACAGGGCUGGUAUCCUCCGCAACCACCGCCUGCUUACGGGGGUUGGGAUGGCUAUCCCCAGCGAGGACAAAGUGCUAGGUACGCAUAAAGGGGACAUGCGGUGGUGCAGAAAACUGUACAGAUGGAGGGAAGCGGGUAAUGCACAGCCUUGUACUGGGCGAAGGGAUAUAUGCCCGUAUAGACCGGGCAUGGAACGGACCGGUGGACUCGCUGCAUAUUUUACACGGCGUCAAAAGUGUUUGGGUAUUGUUUUCCGCUUGACACGACCUCCCUGACGAACAGAAUCGAAUGGAUGAUCAAGACUAUCAAUCCACCCCAAGUGGCCAGAAUUCUCUUUUUGAGGUCUAGCUACCUCUUCUGGAACAUUUUUGAACUAUGUGACCUAGGCAUAAACUCAAUCCCGGUAAAGGAGUGUAGCUGUUUGGCGGAUGGAGUCGGAGUGGGUGCCGUGGGGAAGACAAUCGGGCAUAUACCGAACCCAAGUCCCAGCAAAUGUCGCAGUCUGGCACUGUAGAUAUGUGGCUG